CUUCCAACCCCCCCUUCCUCCCCCCCCCUCUUUCAAAUCAUGCGGCCCCGAUGGGAUCCCGUCCUCCGCUCCGUAAUCCUCCAUCUCCCUCCUUUUGAGUCGCUCCGCCCAUGGCCUCCCCGAGCGUGCAGGACAUCAUGGAGUUCUUGACGGCGCAUGGCUUCGCCAGCGCCGCCGCCGCCCUUCGCGACGACAUCAACUCCCGCUCCGCCGCGGGCGACGCCGACUCCGUCGGCCUCGACCUCCUCCGGCCGCUCAGGAUCAAUCCCUGCAGUGGCGAUGGCGACGGCGGCGGCGGCCUUCCGGUGAGCUCCGCCUCCAGCUCCCGCUCCACCGACGCCUUCGUCAGCCCCGGCUCGUCCCCCUCCGAACUAUUGAAUCCUUAUGGAAUUUGGUCGCCGGCUGGGGCUAAAUCAUCUGACUCGUCGUUGGAGAGGGAAUUUGGGACUGCGCGAGAGUAUGAUGAGUCGAAUUUGUUCGAUGUCCCCUUCUGGGAUGAUGAUCGGUACGAGGGCUAUCUCAAUGAUCCGUACAUUGUAAAGAUGAGCCCGAGCCCUGGUGGAUGCCAGACCGAGGAUAAGUUUAUAAUGUCUAUGGAUGCUGAGGAGAGACUUGGGAAGCAAGAAAUAUUUGAUUUUUGUGCUGGAGAUGAGCAUGGAGAUGGUGUUGGUGCUAGCUGUUUGGGUUGUUCUGAGAUUUAUAAAUGUUCUUCUCCUCUAUGCGAUUGUUGCAGUGAAUUGAGGGAGCGGUAUGACGUGAACGUUGUUGGAAAUUCGAGUUUGACAAUACAUGGAAGGUACCAGAUAUUUGAUGACUAUGCAGAGAGACUGGAUGAAUGUGGGGAAGAAGAUGGGCUUCAGUUGAAGUGCGUUGAUAUGAGGCCAGAGGAUGUUGUUUUGGAAGGUGAUUUGCUUCAAGAUGUCAAUGAAGUACAGAAGAAGAAAAUUUUGGAGUUUGGGUUAGUGGAGAAGGAAUCUCAUAUGUGUAACUCAUAUGCAGGUGCCACGAGUAAUCUCACAAAUGAUGAUUCUGUAUAUGAGAGAAAAAGUAGUGGGGAUUCAAACAACUGUGGUGGAGUGAUUAUUGUAAACACUAUAGAUGAUAAGGAGGUGCAAAAAAGAGACUACUGCAUACAACCUUUUCCUGAGAGAGCUUCUCAAGAUGUAGAUGAUGCCUAUGAAGAGUGUGAAACACUUGAUAGGGCACUUGAGGGUUCUGGAGCUGUGGACAUUGAAGGAGAGGACGACAUUACCAGUAAUGAACUUCAGCUGUAUAAUUGUGAUGAGGAUGAAUAUGAAGCAUUUGAGUUGAGAAUCAUACAUCGGAAAAAGAGGACUGGCUUUGAAGAAAACAAAGAUCUGCCAAUUGUUUUGAACUCUGCUAUAGCAGGCAGAUAUUAUGUUACUGAAUAUCUUGGUUCAGCUGCAUUCAGCAAGGUUGUCGAGGCACGCGAUCUUUAUAUGGGAAUUGAUGUGUGCCUUAAAAUAAUAAAAAAUGAUAAGGAUUUCUUUGAUCAGAGUUUGGAUGAGAUCAAACUCCUCAAAUUAGCGAAUAAACAUGACCCUGCUGAUGAGCACCAUAUAUUGCGUCUCUACGACUUCUUCUAUCAUCAGGAACAUCUUUUCAUUGUUACUGAACUACUUCGAGCAAAUCUGUACGAAUUUCAGAAAUAUAAUCAGGAAACUGGUGGGGAGGUGUAUUUCACAUUGUCCAAGAUACAGGAUAUAGCUCGACAAUGUUUAGAGGCUUUGGAGUACCUGCAUCAUUUGAGAAUAAUUCAUUGUGAUCUAAAGCCUGAGAAUAUCCUUAUUAAAAGCUACAACAGAUGUGAAAUUAAGGUUAUUGAUCUUGGAAGCAGUUGCUUUCAGAUGGACAACUUGUGCCUGCAUAUCCAAUCUCGUUCUUAUAGAGCUCCUGAAACUAUUCUCGGUCUACCUUUUAAUGAGAAGAUUGAUGUUUGGUCUCUUGGUUGCAUCCUAGCUGAGCUUUACACUGGUGAUGUGCUCUUUCCAAAUGUUUCAGCAGUCAUGAUGCUGGCUCGCAUGAUUGGGAUUCUUGGUCCAAUUGACAUGGAGAUGCUUGUAAUGGGCCAGGAAACCCACAAAUACUUCACAGAUAACUUUGAUCUUUAUCACAGAAAUGAGGAAACAGAUCAGAUAGAGCAUGUGAUACCUGAGAAGUCAUCAUUGGCACAUCAUUUGCAAGUUUCUGAUACAAAAUUUCUCGAUUUCCUUUCAUGUUUGCUCGAAAUAAAUCCUAGGAGGCGGCCCACAGCAAGACAAGCGUUAUUACAUCCAUGGCUUUCCUUUCCAUAUGAGUAAAUCUCCAUCCAAAGUUUCACUGAUGCCCCUUAUAAAAGGCCAGUGCCAUACCACCUUGUUUCAAUACCUGCUAUUGCUUUUGCUAAGCAAAGGCAUUUUCACCAUCUACAGGUUCAAUGUUCUGUUGUAUGUUUGUCCGGAAUUUCUGCAUCCCAAGUGUAUUGAGUGAGUAUCCUGAAAACAACAAAGAGAAAGUUAUACCAAGUGAAUCGAGUCAUACAUGUAACUAUGCAUGUAAAUAUCUAACAUACAUGUUCUGUAUAUAUUUUAUGGUUCUUUCCGAACGUUUGGCCCUGAGUUCCAGUUCCAUGCUUGCAACUCCCGGAGCUGGAAAUGCUAUUAAGUUCUAAGCAGCUUUUAUUUAGCUAGUAAGUUGAUUUCUAAGCCA